CCCCACUCAAGACAGAGAGCAGAGGCCGUACCCAGGGGUGCAGAGACACCCUGUGCCGGCGCAGCACUUCAAGAGAAGAAGGCAAGAUGUACAGACUGAUCACCACCCUCGCCCUCCUGGUGGGCGUCCACCCCACCUCAGCCGUCAGCGGAGGACUCCGAGGCAAGUCCCUUAUCUUCUCUCAGCCGUCCUCCACCUCCUACGUGAGGCUGCUGCCGCGCCGUUUCCCCGAAUUGAGGGCCUUCACUCUGUGCCUGCGCUCGGCCACCGGGUUGACACGGAACCACGCCCUGUUCUCUUACGCCACGCCCGACAACGCCAACCAGCUGCUCUUCUGGGUGCUGGGACCACAGAAAUUCCAGCUGGAGCUGGCGGCCCAGAAGAUCCCCUUCGAUCUGCCGGAGCCGGGUUCGCUACUCCGUCACCUCUGCGUCAGCUGGGAGUCGGAGACGGGACGGGUUACCCUGUGGGCAGACGGCUAGCGGAGCCUGGUGAAGACGGCCCGGUAGGGGCAGAAGGUGACGGGUGGUGGGGUGGUCAACCUGGGGCAGGAGCAGGACCUGGUGGCGGGUGGCUUUGACGCGGAGCAGCCCUUCGUGGGCGAGCUGUCCCAGCUCAACCUGUGGGACCGGGUGCUGCGUCACAGGGAGGUCGGGAGAUCAGCCGUGGCUGUGGGUG